GACAUGGCUGCUGGGGUUGUUUUACAGGAAAAACAUGCAGAGGAACAAACAGGUGGCCAUGGGCAGGAAAAAAUUUAACAUGGACCCUAAAAAGGGGAUCCAGUUCUUGAUAGAGAACGAGCUGCUGAAGAACACCUGUGAGGACAUCGCCCAGUUCCUGUACAAAGGCGAGGGGCUCAACAAGACGGCCAUCGGCGACUACCUGGGGGAGAGAGACGCGUUUAACAUCCAGGUCCUCCACGUGUUUGUGGGCUUACACGAGUUCACCGACCUGAACCUGGUCCAAGCGCUGCGGCAGUUCCUGUGGAGCUUCCGGCUGCCGGGAGAGGCUCAGAAGAUCGACCGGAUGAUGGAGGCGUUCGCCCAGCGCUUUGCAGGGGGGGCGGGCGCCUGCCUGACGCCUCUCCGCUUCUCUCUAGACACGUGCUAUGUCCUCUCGUUCGCCAUCAUCAUGCUGAACACCAGCCUGCACAACCCCAACGUCAAAGACAAGCCCACAGUGGAGAGGUUCAUCGCCAUGAACCGCGGCAUCAACGACGGCGGGGACCUGCCCGAGGAGCUGCUCCGGAACCUCUACGAGAGCAUCAAAAACGAGCCCUUCAAAAUCCCGGAGGACGACGGGAACGACCUCACUCACACCUUCUUCAACCCGGACCGCGAGGGCUGGCUCCUGAAGCUCGGUGGUCGGGUAAAGACCUGGAAACGCCGCUGGUUCAUCCUGACCGACAACUGCCUGUACUACUUUGAGUACACGACGGACAAGGAGCCCCGGGGGAUCAUCCCACUGGAGAACCUGAGCAUCCGGGAGGUGGAAGACUCCAAGAAGCCAAACUGUUUCGAGCUGUACAUCCCGGACAGUAAGGACCAGGUCAUCAAGGCCUGCAAGACGGAGGCGGACGGGCGCGUGGUGGAGGGCAACCACACCGUGUACCGCAUCUCCGCCCCGACGCCCGAGGAGAAGGAGGAGUGGAUCAGACGCAUCAGGGCUGCCAUCAGCAGGGACCCCUUCUACGAGAUGCUGGCCGCGCGGAAGAAGAAAGUGUCCUCAACCAAGAGACACACCCUGUCACGAACAGAGCAGGGCGGAUAG